GACGUAUUCUCUGGUUUUACGACGGUGUGCACAUGGCAGUUUCCGUCAGUUUGACUUGCAAAUUGUAAGCGCGUUGAAAGAGCGUUUUUCGUUUACAGUUUCCGUUUAAACGACAUUUUUAUAAUUUCCAGCGGUCGAUCGAUACAGAUUAUUGUAUCGGAUACAGAAAAAGACCAUUUUUUGAGAUAAGUACAACUUGUACUUGCUGUACCUAAUCUCUGAACUUUCAGCUCGAGGCCCACUACAGAGCUCGAGCGGCAGCUCCGAAAAGUUUGUUGUUGUCACGUGACUCGAUACGAAUGUGGCAAUAAAAGUUUGCUUAGAUAGUAAAACUAAGUGGCAUACUAUAUUAUCAAAACUUAUCGAGGACCACUUUCACCACAAUGCCUCAACCAAAACAUCGAAAGAUUGCUGUUAUAGGCUACAGGUCUGUAGGAAAGUCAUCUCUUACGAUACAGUUUGUGGAAGGACAGUUUGUUGACUCCUAUGACCCCACCAUCGAAAACACCUUUAACAAAUUGGUCAGCGUGAAUAGUCAAGAUUUCAAUCUUCAGCUGGUUGAUACAGCUGGGCAAGAUGAAUACUCAAUUUUUCACCAAUCCCACUCAAUGGACAUCCAUGGUUAUGUCCUUGUUUAUUCAGUGACUUCCCUGAAAAGUUUUGAAGUUGUGCAGGUUCUUCAUGACAAGCUGCUAGACAUGGUUGGGAAGAUUCAGGUGCCAACUGUUCUUGUAGGGAACAAAAAAGAUCUCCACAUGGAAAGGGUUAUCAAGCCUGAGGAGGGAAAGAAACUUGCUGAUUCCUGGGGUGCUGCGUUCAUGGAGUCCUCAGCCAAGGAGAAUGAGACUGCUGUGGAGGUUUUCAAGCGAAUCAUUUUGGAGAUGGAGAAAGCUGAUGGAAAUGCACCCCCAGAGGAGAAGAAGUGCGCUGUGAUGUAAAAUUGUAUCCAGGACAUCAGUAAGCUUAUUUGCUGAAGACAGGAGACACAACUUCACCAGCUUGCCGAUUAUGACCUCACUGACAUCAGGAUGCUGCGAUGGAGCUUUUCUGCUCUAUUCUGAUACCAGAUUGAUUUACAUAGCAAGGCAACUGCCCAGGCAGUUGAUAAACGAUUCCACUAAUUGUAACCACAGGGAGAAGUUUCUAAGAGCAAUAUUGAUGUUUGCUUUAGAAAAAGAAAUGCCAGCAGUGAACACUUUUCUUUAAGAAUUGAAAUGUAAUCUCUUGACUGGGCAAAAUCCUGACUUUGAGCUCAGCUGAAUGCUUAGAAAACAAAAUAAUAACCCCAGACAUAUUGGUCCCAAAGAAAUGCAUCAUUUGUUUUAAAAGAACAUAUUAAGAUAAUAACUUCUUGUAAAUCUGAUAUCUGAGACAACAUUGGCUUAUGUUUCCUAGCUGUUUCUGUAGUACAGUUUAUACACAGUAAGGGCUGUUAAACUUUUUAAGGACUGGUAUUACUUCAGCAGGUUUUUGUUCACAGUGAUGAAUAGUCACAGAACACAUUGCUUUAAAUGUGGUGUUAAAAUGUCAGUAUUUCUCACAAAUGGUUGGAUUUCCUUGAAUACCCUGGAAUGAGAUUUAACAUAAGAAAUUUCACUGUGGUUUCAUGGUUUGUCUCACUGUAGUUUUUAUCAACUCCUCUUCAGGUACCUUUCACCAGUGAAUAUCUAACAGUUCACACUUAAAGCGCUUGUGCUAAGCAUAUUAGUCCUCUUCCAUUGUUUCAACAGUUUAAUUUCACCUUAUUGACUGUAAUAAAGAUGUUAUCCUAUGGACAACCCUCAGAGAAAAUUAGCAUAGACAUGAAUAGAUCUUUGGUAUUUACCAGUUAUAGCAUUUUUAUACAAUAUAAAUAGAAUCUUAGAAAUUGGUUUGAUACUAUUGGUUAUAUCGUGAGUGGUGCAGUUUUGCUCUCUUUUCAAUAUCCUCAGUAGAGUAUCUGAUUAUAAGUGCAUUGUAAUUAUGAACAUUGUUGAGUUGCAAUUUUUAAAUUGCAUUUUAACAUAGCAAAAGACUAUUUAAAUGGCCAGUGGCCACAGAGUUAUCUUAGUAAUUUUUGAGCUCACGGUUUUGAUUUGAUAGUUUGUGCAGGCUUCAUAAAACCAAGCCAGGGUGGCAUGCAGUCCAUUCAGUUUAUAUAGUGGACUGGCUUGACUGUUAGAUGCUUGAGAUCCUUAAUGACUUGUUUUUCUUAGAUCCUGUAGCCUUACAAAGAUAUAACGUGGAUUUUUCACCAUAAUCCUUGUGUUGUACCUGUAGUGGGUAUUUGUAUCGUAUUAUCAAGUGCUUUGCUGAGUAAGUAGUUGAUUGAUGAUGGUCUAAGAGAAGCUGGUGAUGCUGUGUCUUGUGCCUUACAGUUGUUGAAACCUCCUCAUCUGCUUCCCUUCAAGACUCACGGUGCUCUUUAAAGGUUUUUUUUUUUUUCCUUCUGUUGACUUGACUUGUGCAGGCGAUGUUGUACACCUGAACACCAAUAACCCCUUGUGGGUCAAUGUUAAUUCAGAAAUCUUGCUGUAAACAGUUUUGUAUAUAAAUAAAUCUGUUACUCAUU